AUAUUUGACCGCGGAAAUGCGAAUGUACAUUCUUUUUUCAAGGAAGUAAGAGCUGAACUUCUCGGUUAAGUGAGAUGGCUAUGCAUGUUCAGUAGGAUAAGCAAGCGCCUAGAUAAUGGAUGGAUUAAUGAAAAUUAACAGAUUUAAAUCCUUGGCCAGCAAUGUGUUCACAGUGGAAAAGAUGACGUCAGCGUCUUCAGUGCAUUAUAGUAAAACAGAAACUAUACUUUUCUUUUGUUAAGGAGUAAAGUCUGACAAUGCGAGACUAACUGGACCAAAGAUGAGUGUUUGUGGGAAGGACGAGGAGGGCAGAGAAGAGUCUCCAGUAUCCAGAUGUCUGUCUGUGAAGAGUGACCACUCCAAAGAUAUUCCUCUUGCCUUCAGUAAGGAUCCUGGACUAUUGUCCACAAAACCAGAGCUGAGUGUUUGUGGGAAGGACGAGGAGGGCAGAGCAGAGUCUCCAGUAUCCAGCUGUCUGUCUGUGAAGAGUGACCACUCCAAAGAUAUUCCUCUUGCCUUCAGUAAUGAACCUGGACUAUUGGACACAAAGGAGAGGAAAAGGCUGAGGGGUGUUAUUGAGGAGCAGCUGGCAUGCUGUGCUUUGUGCCAGGACGUCCUGAAGGAUCCACAGUCUAUUGCCUGUGGACACUACUUCUGCUGGGUAUGCACUGCGUCAAACUUGGAACGAUGUGAAUCAACAGGAGACUCCGCCUGUCCCCAAUGUAGAAAAAGUUUUAGAAAACGUCUUAAACUUCAGACACCCGGUCAAGGCAGCACUGAACCAAUUACUGGUAGUUGGCAGGAGGGUUUGGACAAUCAUAAGAUUCGUCACAGAAGAAGAUCUGAAUUUGCAAUAGAAGGAACUGCUGAAGCAGGACCUCAAACCCGCCUAUCUAGGAUCUACACUGAGCUGUAUAUCCUUGAAGGACAGUGCGAAGGAGUUAAUAUCCAACAUGAAGUGUGGCAACUUGAGACAAUAUCCAAAAUGGAGAACCUUAAUGACACUCCAAUCAAAUGUCACAACAUCUUUAAGGUCUUACCUGGCCAAAAAGGAUUAAUCAGAGUAGUUCUGACAAAUGGCAUUGCUGGCAUCGGAAAAACAUUCUUAGUGCAGAAGUUUAUUCUCGACUGGUCAGAGGGCCUGGAAAAUCAAGAUGUCAGCUUUGUGUUUCCGCUUUCGUUCCGGGAGCUGAACUUGAUCAAAGAGAAGCAGUACAGUCUUCUCAAGCUACUACAUGAUUUUGAUCCAACACUACACAUGGUCACAGCAGAAAGUCUUGCUCUCUGUAAAGUUUUGUUCAUCUUUGAUGGCCUUGACGAAAGCAGACUUUUGUUGGAUUUCCAGAACAAUGAGGUUGUGUCAGAAGUCACACAGACAUCAUCAGUCAACUUACUGUUGACGAACCUUAUCAAGGGGAAUCUGCUUCCCUCUGCUUUCCUUUGGAUAACUUCCAGACCUGCAGCAGCAAAUCAGAUCCCCCCUUCAUAUGUUGAUAGGAUAACAGAAGUGCGAGGAUUCAGUGACACUCAGAAGGAGGAGUACUUCAGGAGAAGAUUUGAUGAUGAUUCAAUGUCUGGCAGAAUCUUCUCACACAUGAAGGCAUCCAGGAGCCUCUACAUUAUGUGUCACAUACCAGUUUUCUGUUGGAUCACUGCGACAGUUCUGGAGCACAUGAUGAUUACAGACAAAAAAGAGCUCCCCAAGUCUCUGACUGAGAUGUACUCACACUUUCUGCUGGUCCAGUCCAAGAGAAAGACACAGAAGUACGACAAAGGAGAUGAGAUGACACAACAGGAGCUAAUGCACACUACGGAAGCCCUUCGGAAGUUGGGGAGACUUGCGUUUGAACAUCUGGAAAAAGGGAAUAUCAUCUUCUACCAAGAGGACCUGGAGAGAUGUGGUCUUGAUGUCGAAGAAGCCUUAGUUUUCUCAGGACUGUGCACACAGAUCUUCAAAAGAGAACAUGUGCUUUUUCAGAAAACUAUUUACUGCUUUGUUCAUUUAAGUAUUCAGGAGUUUCUUGCUGCUGUCUACAUGAUUGACUGUUACCUGAACAAGAACAUUGAAGUACUGGCAACUUUCUUGGGAGAAGACUGGGAAAGAAAAAGCAGUGACCCAGGUCUGGAUAACUUCCUCAAUCGAGUUGUGGAAAAAUCCCUUCACAGUGUAAAUGGCCACCUGGACCUCUUUGUUCGCUUCCUUCAUGGCCUGUUAUUGGAGUCCAACCGUGGUCUCUUAGGAGGUCUGCUGGGCUGGACAUCGAGCAGUCCAGAAAGCAUCCAGAAUGCAAUAAACAACCUGAAGAAGAUGAAUGCUUAUGAUAUCUCACCUGACAGAAGUAUCAAUGUCUUCCACUGUUUGAUGGAGAUGAAUGACCACUCGGUGCACCAGGAGAUUCAAGAGUUCCUGCAGUCAGGCAACAGAUCUGAGAAGAAACUCACCAAGACCCAUUGCUCAGCUCUUGCCUACAUGCUGCAGAUGUCAGAAGAUGUUCUAGAGGGGUUGGACCUGAAGAAGUACAAUGCUACAGGUGAUGGAAGACGGAGACUGCUCCAAGCUGUAAGAAACUGCAGAGACGCUCGACUCUCUGGCUGUGGAUUCUCUGAGAAGCAUUGUGAAGUUCUGUCCUCAGCAUUGAUGUCCAACCCUUCCCAUCUGCGGGAGCUGGACCUGAGUGAAAAUGACUAUCUGCUGGAUUCAGGAGUGAAGCUGUUGUCUGUCGGAUUGGGGAGUCAAAACUGCAGAUUGAAGAUACUAAGAUUGAAGAACUGCAGUUUGUCAGACGGUUGUUGUGAUUCACUGGCAUCAGCGCUGAAGUCCACCUCCUCCAGUUUGAGAGAGCUGGACCUAAGUAACAACAACUAUCUUAAGGAUUCAGGGGUGACGCUGUUGUCUACUGGCCUUGAGAGUCCACACUGUAGACUUGAGACUCUGAGAUUAAGUUCCUGCAGACUGUCAGAGACCUGCUGUGCACAUCUGGCCUUAGCUAUGAAGUCCAACCCCUCCCAUUUGAGCGAGCUAGACCUGAGUCAAAACAAGGUGAAGGAUUUAGGAGUCACUAUGCUGUCUCCUGCACUCGAGAGUCCUCAAUGUAGACUGAAGUGUCUGAGGCUUAAUAGAUGUGGGCUAACGGAGAACUGCUGUACAUCUUUGGCCUCCACUUUCAAGUCAAACCACUCCAGCCUGAGAGAGUUGGAACUAAGUAACAACGAUCUGCAGGAUUCAGGAGUCAAGUUCCUGUGCGCCGGACUGGAGAGUCCACAUUGUGGACUGGAAGCUCUUAGAUUGAGGGGCUGCUGGUUGUCAGAGAGUUCCUGUGCUUCUCUGGCUUCGACUCUGAUGUCCCACCCUUCCAGUCUCAGAGAGCUUGAUCUCAGUGAAAAUGAUCUACAGGAUUCAGGAGUGAAGCUGCUGACAGCUGGAUUGGAGAGUCCACAUUGUAGACUUGAGACUCUAAAGUUAAGAAGUUGUCGGGUCACAGAUGAAAGCUGUCCUUCUCUGGUGUCAGCUCUGAAGUCCAACCCAUCCUAUUUGAAAGAGCUGGACCUGCGUGAAAACAAACUUCAGGAAUCAGGAGAGAAGUUGCUGUCUGAUUUCCUGGAGAGUCCACACUGCAGUCUGGAAACUCUCAAAAUGGAACAAAUGGAGUAAAUCUGGAGUCCAACAAUCUGAAUAAAAUGAAUCUCAUCACUGGCCAUGAUGAGUUGUUUCUGACUCUGGAGCUGCCACAAUCCCCACAUCACUGCAAAACUACAGCUGUGUCUUAGUACAAUCAGAGAUAGGACAGCGCUCAUACCAAGUAUGAAUUAGUAGUGUGAAUUAAUCAGAAAACACUUUUUCUAAAUGAUUCUUCAAUCUUUAUCAACAAGAAGACUAUGCUGUAUUUGUACUGACUGUCCAAAUGUUUACAAAACGUUUUUAGUCUAGUAACUGUUCCUUCAAUUUAAUUUUAAAUGUAGAAUUCCCUCUUUCUGCUUACCAUGAUGAUUUCUAUUUCCUUAAAGCGUAACACCACAAACCUAAGGGUGACUUUCUGUCCACCUGGCAUUUAUAAGAUACAAUGUUUCAAUUGUGUUUCUGUCAUGAGCACCAAUACUAGACCAUUUAACCUGGCUCUGUCCAGCAGUAACUCAUUGCCAGGAAAUCAAAGGCAACCUCUAGGGAGUUACUGGUCACAUUCAAGAAAUAACCAGGCACAGAUGACGACCCGUAAAACGGUGAAUUGUGGUAAACCUUUGCUUUUUUGUACAGGCAAAACAAACUAGAUAUAUAAUAAGUGACUCUGCCUUUCCGUCUCUGGACACUGCUGACACCAUCAUCCCCUCUCAGUGCUUCUGAGACAGCCUACCUCAACUCACACCAGUCACAUCUCUCCCCUGCAUUCCAUUCCCAUAUAAUGGGGGUUUCAUAACCCUCCCCCAUCCUCCUCACCAGGGAGCACCUACAACUCCCUCCUGCAGUCCCUCUCUGACAGACAAUCAGGUGAAAAAGGAGCAUUAGAGGAUCAAGGCAAGAAAUGCCCGGAUGGAAUCAGCUCCAGGAUGCUUAAAGACUGCAGAACAGCUCAGUGAGGUCAUCCAGCACAUCUUUAACCUGAACCGUAGUCUGCUGCGCAUUCCAGUACUGUGGAAGACUUCCUGUAAGCGUCAGGAAAAGACUGAACAGACUGUAAAGCGGGCUAGCUCUCUUCUGGUCUGCCCUCUGGAUACCAUAGAGAAGAUAGGGGAGAGGAGGAAGUUAGCCAAGCUGGCAUCAAUAUGGGCAAAACCUCUUACCCACUGCAUGGGGCUGUGAGGUGUAUUUAAAAAAAAAAAAAAUCUAUUUAAUGUGUACUUUUUCUUAGUCUGAUGUGUGGGAUAUUUAUUGAGCUGCUGUAACAAGGACAUUUCCCCAGUAUGGGAUUAAUAUUAUCUUAUCGUAUUAAUUAGUGAACUUUAAAGGGGCUGGUAGAUGCAUUUUGUUACAGUUGUUGAAAAAGGCAGUUGCAAGGCAAACACAAGAAAACCCUAUAUUGUU